AUGAAAGAAACCAUAGAUGUACAGGGUGUUGGAAAAGUUAUGUUUUUCGCUCAGGUCUUUGCCGGCCUCAGAGGACCUGUAGAGCUAAAUGACGAAUUUCAGUCUUUACUUACAACUUAUGGUGGAAUGGCAAACCCUAAGCACACAUGUCAAGUUUGUGGCAAACAGUUUAAGAACUACAAAGGUCUUUGGCAGCAUAAAGUCGUACACACUGGCCAGAAACCGUACGAGUGUAAAACAUGCGGGAAGUGCUUUAAUUUAAAAGGAAAUCUAACUAAACAUAUGAUAACACAUUUAUCUCCCGUGUCAACAAGUGAUGAAUAUCUCGUGUCCAGUCUCGAUCGAGACCCAGCAAUGUUUCGGUAUGAUUGUAAAAUAUGUGGGAAGCGGUUUAGAUCAAGUACUGGACUAUGGCAGCACAAGUUUACCCACUCCAGUGUGAAACAGCAUAUUUAUGAUGGCAUAUUCCAAGGAAAUUCAAAUUUAGCAUGUACUAUUGGUAUGUUUGAAAGAAAUGACGACCCUGAACAAUUCAGAUAUCCGUGUCCAGUAUGUGGGAAAAGAUUCAAAACCAACUCAGGACUCUGGCAACAUAAAGUUAUCCACAUUGAGGCCAAACCUUUCGAGUGCAAGUUUUGUGGCAAGGGUUUUAAGCUUAAAGGAAACUUACGCAGACAUAUGAUUACACAUUAUAAUGUGGAUACAUCUGAUAGUGUUGUACAGCCUAAUACUGACAGUAACAUUGACGGUUGCUCAGAGUGA